CAGGUGAUCAUUGCUCGCACCUAACUUACCCUCCACAGAGGUAGUUUCGUGAUUUGGCCAAGUUUACCGUUGAUCAUGAACACAGGAUUUUACUCGCCCGGAACGAAGUAGAAGUGAGCCUCGGAUUCAAAUCAAUGUCAUUUAUAAUUUUAUCCUGAGGUAAGCCACUCAACAGAAGUGUCUGGGAGGAGAAUAAUGUGCUUUAUUAGUACGAGGUUUAGAAGGUAGAGAAAAAACUGUUGACUCGGACGGUGAAAGGUUACAAAACUUGAAAUUCAAUUCCUUUCAGUUUUAAAUGUUAGUAGAAAGUGAACGACACUGUUCGCGAUAAAUAAGCUUUUAGUAAAGAUGUUGUACAAAGGAAGAAACGAAGCUGAUAUUUGCAUUCAGACGUGUCUCACUGAUGCGACAAUGCUUUUGAUAUAACAAGUAAGACAAGGUACGUUUUGAUCACAAUAUUUUAUUGAUGGAAAUUCUGGUUUUAUUUUUUAUUUUAACCAGGAUUCUUUAUUCAUGACUUUAUUGUCGGAGACAAAUUUAUUCUCGUUAUUGUCGAAAUCAAGGAUGUCGAUUGAUUACGUAAAUUCUGCAGUUACGUGAAUUAACAAGCCGUAAAGUGUUUACGAUCUAGUAGAAUUGUUUAAAUAGAAAAUUUAAAAUUUGUUUCCGAGUGCAUGAAAGUUGAAAUCUAAACUAAAAGAAAAUAAGAGUUUUAAACUAGCACCUGUUGAUUUAAAUUCGUGAUAAUCUUGAACGAAUUGCACCUAGACAAUUAGUUUCUAUUGUAAAAUGAAAUCAGUGAUGCGACCGAGUCAAAGCGCAUGUGGAAGAAGAGUAGAACAAAAAAUCUUGGUCACUGGCAAGACGCGUGACAGUCAAGUACCCUUGACGCAUUCAUGACGCACAGGUGGUUUUAGAGCAAUUAUUGCCAUUUAAAGCAACCUUGUGCAGGCUUAUCGCGGCUCAACCAGCAGCCGGCACAUGCGAUUGCCAGGGGCGUUGCUAGAAUUUUUCCAGGGGUACGCAGACUGAGUCUUUUCCGUCUACCCAAUCGUUUUCAUUCGCUGUGUGAAAAUCGGCUAAAAAACAUUCCCGAAAUUUUGAGCGCAAAACAAAAAUCUGAAAGAAGUAAAAGGGGAGUUAAACAGGUAAAUGCGCCGUUUUUCAGCUAUCCCUUAUUUAUUUUUUCCUCUGCUUUGUUUUUCUAUUUUUUGUUUGUUUGUUUGUUUUUUUUAUGUAUCUUCGAGAUUUUCUCAGGUACGCUCUUGCGCAUUGGAGUAAAAGUAGCUAAACACCCAGGCAUGCUUUCCAACUCUUCGCCUGGUCUUCGCCUUCGCAAAAACGUGGCUUUCUACACGAAACAAGAAUUUUCCACAACCCAUUAUAUCGACGACCGAGUGCUCUUUACCGUAUUUACCGUUAUUUCCAACGAUGGUGUGCCUUUCUUCCUGAAUCGAUUAUCAGGGGCCUCGAUUUGAGGGCGCGAAAUCGAGCCAAAUCGCUUACUAAACAUAUUUACUUGCUGUUUGCAUACUACGAAAAUCUCAAAAGCCGAGAACAGCUUCGAGCAACCCAGACAGAAAUAGUAAGGCGGCCUCGCAGUGAUAAUAUUUUUGUUUUCAUUACCAAUAUUAUUGAUAAGCUUGACCCCUUCCUAAUUUUCUUGACUUUCUUCUUAUCACGACUGUGUGUGGCAGGCCACCCUGCCAGAAGUGGCUAUCAUGGCCGCUUUUAUCUUUCUAAUCUUUGUCUUGGGUUGCUGGGCAUAAUUGAAUAAGGAAAAGACUGAAACUGUCGCAGGGGUAGUGGCAGGCCUAAUAGUUGUUCACCUUACCCAGGGUUAGCCAACGACUGUUUUCUGUAAAAUAUCUGUUUGGAGAAGCAGAUGUUGCCUACAAUUUUCUUCUGCUUGAGGCGGCUGAAAAUUUCUAGAUGACUGUUCCAUUCAUGUACAAUUUUCGAAGCUUAUCUGACAAAUUCCCUACGGUUUUCUAAAGUUUAAUUUUUCACAUUUCACUCUCCAUGUUAGGCUAUUCUUCGUAGAAAAAAGGAAACCUAAAAUUUUCGGAUUCAAAAAUGUGAUGGAGAGAGGAAUCGGUAAAAUUAUCACUUUAGUAAUACGUUAAAUUGCAUCUAAAAUUUUCGGGAAAAUAAUACUGAAGCCCUUGUAAUUUCGAAAGUUCCCCUAGGAUGAGAAUGCACUUCUAGAGAUCUAAAAGUACUCUGGAUAGCCUAAAAUGUGUUUUCAAUGUCUCCAGGAGGAAACCGUCGUUGGGUGUCCCUGCCGUGCUGGCUUUAUGUUAUAUUGCCCUUACGAAACACCAAUCAGCUGAAACUAUAUACUGACACGGACACUGUUAAAGAUAACAGAGAGAUAAGAGUAGCACCAAAUAAUGGCGGUAAAAAGACCACGAUAGGUUUUGGAAAGCUUUGCAAUUAAUUUGAAGAGAAACUAGCAAGGAAUGCAAAAAGUGCUAGGCAGUUCAUUUUCAAGCCUGCGCGAAGAGGAAACUAAACUCCGAGUUAGCAUGGCGACACUAAAAACGGCUGUGUAGCAGACUAGGAGUUAACCAGAGAUAAGUUUCGUCUGCGGGCGGGCCAUUCAUUUUCUUGUCAUGUCACACGGUCAGGUUACAUCUUAAUCCCCCUCUUCCCCCUCUUAUCCUCUCUUGACAGAACCCAUUCAGGUGUUAUGAAUGGCCCGUAUUCUCCAGUCACAUUGUCUCGUACUAAUGCUGAAAAAAGGGCUCUCGAUGGCAAAUCCGAUUGUUCAAUUCCGUCUGGUCCGUCUGUAAUUGUACGAGUUACGAAAAGAAAAUGGGAUGACCGUGCAGCGGGAUUCAUACUUGUUUAUUAAUGCACGAAUCAUAACUGAAACAAAAUUUGAGACAAUAAUUUGUGAUAAUUUCAACCUUUGUUUUUUUGAAAAAACGAGGUCUCCCGCGAGUAUUUUUGCUAGACGUAAAAAAAUCCAUUCAAGAGUAAUUGCCUCCAUUCGCCAUUUGCAAAUUUCCUAUAAUUCACCUUGUUUGUCCCCCGAAUUUCCCUAAAGCAUUUUCUUCAAUUUCUCUGGGGACGACUGAAAUGCCAAGGAGCAAUUUAAGACAAAAGUUUGGCGAGUAAACAAGGUGUAUUGUGGGAGAUGUAGAAAUAACGAUUUAUAGCUUGCCCACUGGCGCAUCUUGACCAAUUACUUGAGCUUCGAUAAAACGGGCAACAAAAACGUGCAACUUGUUUUUCAACAUUGCUGCAAAACGGGUUGAAAAACGAUGUUGCGCGUUUUACCUCCUACGUUCAAGAGCCUGCCGCCCCUUCAACAAAUCAGGUUGUUGAAGGCUGAGAAAAGUUGUUGCAGAAAGUAAGGAGCAGUUCCUCUUUUUGAGACAAAGUCUGUCCAUCUUACGCGUUUUAAGGUACGGUAAAACGGGCAACAAAAACGUGUAUUUUGUUUUUCAACAUUGCUUCAAAACGAUUUGAAUGGCAAUGUUGCGCGUUUUACUCGCUACGUUUAAAUCAGCCUUGCAACAAAUCAAGUUGCUGCAGGUUGCCAAAAUUUUUUGCAGGAAGUAGAGAGUUGUUCUACUUUUGGCAACAAAAUCUUUACAUGUUGCGCGUUUUACUGGCCCAAGGCAAACUUGUUUGCAGCAAGUGACGUAACUCCCGUGUAUGGCGUGAUUACCGCGUAAUUUUAUCCAAUCAGAAGUCAGUAUUCAUGCAACUUGCAACAACCUUAUUUGCUGCAAGACAAGUUUCAUUAGUGGGUGGUAAAACUCACAACAUCGCUAUUCAAUUCGCCUGUUUGCAGCAAUGUUGCCCAAAAAAAUUGCACGUUUUUGUUGCUCGUUUAACCGUAGCUUUAGGCACGACGCAAAAUUCCAUCUAAAGAAUUAUCUUCCUGAGCUUUUACUUUCAUGACGUAUUAGAGCAGCUUAUGUUAAUAUUUAUACAAAUUUUCAGUUUUUACUUCGAAAGGGUUCUUCGUUUUGAAUUUUGUUUUGAAUUUCUGUUUUUGCGUUUUGCGCCAUUAACAUGCGGCCAAGAGAGCUGUCAAGCAUGUGGGUUAAAAAUGACUUAUUUUGGGUAAUUUUUCUAUCUGAACGGUCAUUUUAUUAGAGAAAAGUAUUACUUUAAAGGUUUUGAGUUCCUCCAGAGAUGAAUGCACGCUUUCCUAACAAAAAUCAGUGACGGUUAUUUCUGUUGGUUUCCGUCCGCCAUGUUGGUACCCAUCCGGAUGGGCACCAACAUGGGUCUCCAUAUAAAACUCUAUAAAUGUGCGUAAAUCUUUUCUCCGCACAUAUCGCAUAUGAAAAACUGUACUAAGCGAAAUCUUGGCGAGGUUCUUUUGCAUAUUAUCUACUUUUAUCUCCUAGAUUCAGGACAUUUAUCUCUUGAACGGUUUUGAUUUUUAUUUUUGAUGGCGUGACACUGAGAACCAGCAAAUUAGUUAAAUCUAUCUAAUCAAGUUAUAGUUGUGAUUAAUUCAGAUAUUCAUCGCCUUUUGAUUCAGAAUGGCUGAAGGAGGUGAGGAUUACAGUUCUGAUAACGAUUCUGAUGUUUCCCUCAGCCUUGGAUCGGACAUUGGUGAAGAUUCAGAUGACGGUAGGUAUAUAACCGACUAAGACAAUCUACCUGAACGAUGUAAAAAUAUAUUCAUCCUUAUUAUAUCUGUUUCUGCUUUGUCUUGUUACAAUAACAAGAAUUAAUACAAGAAUAAUGUUAUAUACUAAGAGCUUAUUAAAGAAAAGACAACAGGAAAAUUGAUUCAUUAAUUGGAGCGUAGAGGCUAGCUAAAGGAACCCGGGAGAUUUUCAAGUUACAUCCUAAUAUUUUUUUCAUGGAUGUUAAGGGCCUUUUUACUGAAUAAAAGUGUUUUAUUGCAGAUAUAAGCGAACUGGAAAAUCAUUAUGAACCUGAUGAAGCCAAGUCCAAUGGUGAGAAUGACAUUCUCGAGGAGAAUGAGUCAGACCUUUUCGAAGAAAGUAGGUAGCCAACGAAUGUAC